GUCGGUGUAGUGUUGACUUGUCUCCAACGCGCUCCCCUCCAUUCAGCCGAGCGGAGCGCACCGGUAGCGGUUAACAACUCACUGUGACUCCUGAUAGUGUCCGUGAUAUCGGUGGGCCGACAUCAUGGGGAUUAAGUUUUUGGAAGUUAUAAAACCAUUUUGUGCGGUUUUGCCGGAAAUUCAGAAACCAGAAAGAAAGAUCCAGUUUAGAGAAAAGGUGCUAUGGACAGCCAUCACAUUGUUCAUCUUUCUUGUUUGCUGUCAGAUCCCUCUGUUUGGGAUCAUGUCUUCAGACUCAGCAGAUCCAUUCUACUGGAUGAGAGUCAUCCUGGCCUCCAACAGAGGUACUCUAAUGGAGUUGGGUAUCUCUCCUAUUGUGACCUCUGGUCUGAUCAUGCAGCUGCUGGCUGGAGCUAAAAUCAUUGAGGUCGGAGACACACCUAAAGACAGAGCACUCUUCAAUGGAGCUCAGAAACUGUUUGGUAUGAUUAUCACCAUUGGCCAGGCUAUUGUGUACGUCAUGACUGGAAUGUAUGGAGACCCUUCAGAAAUGGGUGCUGGCAUCUGUCUGUUAAUCAUCAUUCAGUUGUUUGUGGCAGGUCUGAUUGUGUUACUGCUGGAUGAGUUGCUGCAGAAGGGUUACGGGUUGGGCUCUGGUAUCUCUCUAUUCAUCGCCACCAACAUCUGUGAGACAAUUGUAUGGAAGGCAUUCAGCCCAACCACAGUCAACACAGGCAGAGGUACGGAGUUUGAAGGAGCCGUUAUUGCUCUGUUUCACCUGUUGGCCACUCGUACAGAUAAAGUGCGAGCUCUGAGAGAGGCCUUCUACAGGCAGAACUUGCCCAACCUCAUGAACCUCAUUGCUACAGUCUUUGUCUUUGCUGUGGUCAUAUACUUCCAGGGCUUCAGAGUUGAUCUGCCCAUCAAGUCUGCACGUUACCGUGGCCAGUACAACACAUAUCCCAUCAAGCUGUUUUACACCUCAAACAUUCCCAUCAUCCUGCAGUCUGCUCUGGUGUCCAACCUGUAUGUCAUCUCUCAAAUGCUCUCCACUCGCUUCAGUGGGAAUUUCCUGGUCAACCUGCUUGGAACUUGGUCUGAUUCCUCAUCUGGUGGCCCAGCCCGAGCCUACCCUGUAGGUGGACUGUGUUACUAUCUAUCCCCUCCAGAAUCAUUUGGUUCACUGCUUGAUGACCCAGUCCAUGCAGUUAUCUACAUCGUCUUCAUGUUGGGAUCCUGUGCCUUCUUUUCUAAGACCUGGAUCGAAGUUUCUGGAUCAUCUGCCAAAGAUGUGGCAAAGCAGCUGAAAGAGCAGCAGAUGGUGAUGAGGGGACACAGAGAGACCUCCAUGGUUCAUGAACUUAACAGGUACAUCCCCACUGCAGCUGCAUUCGGUGGGCUGUGUAUUGGAGGCCUUUCAGUUAUGGCUGACUUUCUGGGUGCCAUCGGCUCAGGAACAGGGAUUCUAUUGGCUGUUACCAUCAUCUACCAGUACUUUGAGAUAUUUGUAAAGGAACAGAGUGAAGUUGGUAGCAUGGGAGCGCUACUCUUCUAAAAAUGGACACUCACAAAUCAUACAUGCAUACUUGCUGACAGCUUAUAAAACACUUUUAUUAUUUUUAUGAUUGUUCUUGUCAUUUUAUAUUUUAUUUAAGUGCAAUUUAAGCAUUUAAAAUGGUCUGUCACCGGUGCUGUCUGGGGAGAACGUGUUCUUAGUAGCUAGUUUAGGCAGAGUAUGUUCUCCCAUUCAUCAGAAGUGGCAAAACAUUUCUAAAAUUAAUUGAUUAAGCUGACCUUCAGUGAUGGGACAGUAAAGAUAGACUCUGUGAGCUCUGACUAGGAAUAUUGAGGAACUUUCGCUUCUCAAUCUGUCCUUCCUCUUUCUCCAUGUUUCUCUGAAUUCCCUCUUUUUACCUUUCUUUAUUUGAAGCCUGAUUCUAGUUAAAACCUGCUAAAGGGGUUUUCAGAAAGUAUUGCUAAUGUUGAGUCCUAGAUUGCUCAACACUGCCAAUUCUGUAUGCAGACAAACAAACCACUGUUAAGUCUUUGCUCAUCUCUCAUAUAUCAGUCAUUAAUCUGAUUUUUUUAUUUAUUUAUUUAUUCAUCCAUAAUAGCUGGCGGUUAGUGCAAAGAACCUUCUUACUUCUCAUAACUUAUAUAAUCUCAGAAAAUUUGUUAGUUAUGGCUGAAGAUCUGCGAACAGAAAUGAUUUGUUUCAAAUAAGCAGAAUAGCGUGUCUAAACAAAACAGGAUCACAACAACAGAUGCAAUGCUCAGUGUGGCAGCAGUCCCCAAGUGUUUUUUCUUUUACUGUUUGACGUGUACUUGCUGGAGUCGUUUUGUACAGAAUACAUUUUAUACAACAGGCAGCAUGGAUUUUCUGUAUUUCAAAGUGCUUUGUGUAUCGAGAGCUUCUCUAACAGAAAUAUUCAAAUUGGUUACAUAGACAGUCCGUUUACUUCUCAGAAUAAAGCAAUUUUUUCUGUAUCAUUUGGUGUCUGUAUAAAUUGUUUAAUGCAGUGCACAACAAUGUAAAAUGCUAUUUUGUUGUUGUUAGGACUAUGUAAAAAGAAAUGUUCCGAACAAAUAAUAAUAGCAAAUAAUCAGCAAAGACUGAUCAUUCUCA